GCAACAUCCAGGCUACCAUUAAGCGAUGAAUAUAGUUUGAAGGAAUUGUCAGGAACAGCAAAUUGGAUGACUGCAAGUGACUCAGAGCAUGCCCAGAAACCAGUGUCCCCUCUGGGAGAAGCAUGUGCCUUUGGAAAGCACACUAGACAAAAAUCAGAACUCAAGAGGAAGGAGAUGGACAUGAAGAUGUACAGCCUACGAGAAAGAAAGGACUGUGUGUACCAAGAGGUCACCGAGCCCCAGGAUGAUGACUACCUUUAUUGUGAGAAGUGUCAGAACUUUCUUAUCGACAGCUGUGCGGUGCAUGGGCCCCCUCCAUUUGUAAAGGACACUGCAGUGGACAAGGGGCAUCCCCACCGCUCAGCCCUCACCCUGCCCCCUGGAUUGAGAAUCGGGCCAUCGGGCAUCCCUGAGGCUGGGCUUGGAGUGUGGAAUGAGGCAGCUGACUUGCCAGUGGGUCUGCACUUUGGCCCUUAUGAAGGACACAUCACAGAAGAUGGAGAGGCAGCCAAGAGCAGAUACUCCUGGCUGAUCGCCAAAGGGAGAAACUGCUAUGAGUAUUUGGAUGGAAAGGACAGAUCCUGGGCCAACUGGAUGAGGUAUGUGAACUGUGCCCGGGAUGAUGAAGAGCAGAACCUGGUGGCCUUUCAAUACCAUGGGCAGAUUUUCUACCGAACCUGCCGGGUCGUCAGGCCGGGCUGUGAGCUGCUGGUCUGGUUUGGGGACGAGUAUGGCCAGGAGCUGGGCAGCAAGUGGGGCAGCAAGUGGAAGAGAGAGCUCAUGUCCAGGAGAGCAGAACCAAAGCCAGAGAUCCACCGAUAUCCCUCCUGCUCUCUGGCCUUCUCCAGUCAGAAAUUCCUCAGCCAACAUGUGAAAUUCAAUCAGUCCUCUCAGAUUCUCCCAGGAACAUCUGCAAGAAAACACCCCCCAAACAAAUGA